GCGCGUUCGUUCCAUUUCAUUAUUCUGCGCCGUUAGUAUAAGCUGUGCGAUAAAGUUUUUGUGAUUUUGUUUUCAUCAUUUAUAAUUACUACGUCGCUUUGUUUAGAAACUGCAAUUAAUUUAGAAACUGAGUGAAUUGUGCUAGGAGUUUCCAUUUUUGAUGUAAAGUCCAUACAAACAGUUUGGACUUAUAGCUGGCUUCCAUUACCAUUUUGUCGUUAUUUACGAAAUUAGGCUUAACGAACUUGAAAUGUCUCGAUAUUCACGACCACCGAAUUCAUCCCUUUUUGUUCGCAAUGUACCUGAUAGUGCAAGACCCGAAGAACUUCGGCGACUCUUUGGCAAGUACGGUCCUAUAACUGAUGUUUAUAUUCCUCUGGAUUAUUAUAAUCGGCGGCCGCGUGGUUUUGCCUAUGUUCAAUUCGAAGAUAUCCGGGAUGCCGAAGAAGCGCUCAAUGAACUGGAUAGAAUUCGAUUUUACGGACGCGAAUUAGAAAUUGAAUUUGCUCAAGGUGAUCGAAAGACCCCUGCAGAAAUGCGUGGAAAAGAGAGGAAAAAUCGACGCUCGCCUUAUCGUGGUGGUGGAGGAUCAAGCCGGUAUGAUGACUACCGAGGUGGACGCAGAGGCCGUUCAAGAAGCAGGUCCCCAUACUAUCGAGAUCGCAGUCCCGGCUACAGAAAGAAGAGAUUUUCAGGGAGCCGAUCUCACUCCCGUUCCCGUUCUCGCUCCAAGGAUAGAUACCGUCGAAGUGCUACUCCACGAAGCGAUGCAUAAUCUCUCGUCUUCCUUCACUCGAUUAGAACUGUUUCCUUUAUGCUUCUUGCCACGAUUUACAUGUUUUGUUUCUUGAAUUGUGUAUUCAGUUCAUUGUGUAAAAUUCAUUUUAAUAUCAUUAAUUCAUAAAUAUGUAGUUGCUUUUCAUUAAAAUAAUAGAUUGUUUUUCAUAAA